AUGGGUAUCGGUUGGGGCAGACUAACUCCAUUUUUGAGUUUGCGUUUGAUUUUGAGGGACGGUUGGAGAAGGUCUUAUAAUCAUUCUGGAUUCCUUCUAUUCCAUCCAUCCCACAGAAAUGGUUUCUACCAUNAAUCCGUCUUUUCUUCUCUCCUCCUCAUCUCAAUUCCGUUCCUCAUCAUCUCUUCCCUCAUCACCGCCGCCGCCGCCGCCGACUCCGACACCGCCGCCCUCACUCAGUUCCGCUCCCAGGCCGACAUCCACGGCACGCUCCUCCCCAACUGGACCGCCGCCUCCGACGCCUGCUCCGCCCACUGGACCGGCGUCAACUGCACCUACGGCCGCGUCACCGCCGUCAUCCUCCCCUCCCACAACCUCCGCGGCCCCAUCGACGCCCUCGCCUCCCUCGACCAGCUCCGCCUCCUCGACCUCCGCGGCAACCGCCUCAACGGCACCCUCUCCCCCCUCGCCCGCUGCCUCAACCUCAAACUCAUCUACCUCUCCGGCAACGACUUCUCCGGCCAGAUCCCGCCGGAGAUCUCCGCCCUCCACCGCCUCCUCCGCCUCGACCUCUCCACCAACAACCUCCGCGGCCCCAUCCCGCCGCAGCUAGCCAAUCUCAGCCGCCUCAUCACUCUCCACCUCCAGAACAACGAGAUCUCCGGCCCAAUCCCUAAUUUCCUCUCAUCCCCUCCCCCAAAUCUCACCGACCUCAACCUAUCCAACAACGAGCUCUACGGAUUUCUCCCCGACACCUUGAUUUCGAGGUACGGAUCUAGAAGCUUCGCCGGCAACCAAGCCCUAUGCGGCGAAAUUCCCCCUUUCCCCAACUGCUCGAGCUCCCGCGGACAACCAUCCUUGACGGUGCCGUCCAGCCCGAGCUCCCUCCCCCCGUCGCAGACCGUCGCGGCCACCAAUUCGCCGCAAAAUCACCGCAAAAAGCUCGGCAGCGGCGCGAUUGUGGCCAUAGCGGUGGCGAAUUCGGUGCUUCUGCUGGUAAUCGCGUCUUUCACGGUGGCUUACUGCUGCGGGAAGAGUUCUAGGGCAACGAAUUCGAUGACGUCAGCAAGCGAGGUCGGGAAGAGGAGCAGCUACUCGAGCGAGAAGAAAGGGUACGCCAACAACAACAAUAACGGCGGAGAUAGUGACGGCACCAACGCCACCGACCGGAGCAAACUGGUGUUCUUCGACCGGAAAAAGCAGUUCGAGCUGGAGGAUUUGCUCCGGGCAUCUGCGGAGAUGCUCGGAAAGGGUAGCUUGGGGACCGUUUACAAGGCGGUGCUGGACGAUGGGUGCACGGUGGCCGUGAAAAGGCUCAAGGACGCGAAUCCAUGUGCGAGGAAGGAGUUUGAACAGUACAUGGAUGUGAUUGGGAAGCUUAAACACCCAAAUGUUGUGAGGUUCAGAGCUUAUUACUAUGCAAAGGAGGAGAAAUUGCUCGUUUAUGAUUACAUGCCUAAUGGGAGCCUCCAUUCUCUUCUCCAUGCAAACCGAGGCCCGGGACGAAUCCCAUUGGACUGGACCACCCGAAUCGGGCUCGCGCUAGGCGCCGCGCGCGGGCUCGAGCGAAUCCACGACGAGUACGCGUCCUCCCGAAUCCCCCACGGCAACAUAAAGUCCUCCAACAUACUCCUCGACAAGAACGGGCUGGCCUGCAUCUCCGACUUCGGGCUCUCCCUCCUCCUCAGCCCGGCCCACGCCGUCGCCAGGCUGGCAGGCCACCGUGCCCCCGAGCAGGCCGAGACCAAACGCCUCUCCCAGAAAGCCGACGUUUAUGCAUUCGGCGUUUUGCUGCUUGAGGUUCUCACGGGCCGCGCCCCGUCUGAUCGGUGCCCAAGGGGUGAGGAUGAUGACGUGGACUUGGCUGGGUGGGUUAGGUCGGUGGUGAGGGAUGAGUGGACGGCGGAGGUUUUUGAUCAGGAGUUGUUGAGGUACAAGAAUAUUGAGGAAGAGCUUGUGUCCACUUUGCACGUGGGGAUGGCGUGUGUGGUUGGGCAGCCGGAGAAGAGGCCGACGAUGGGGGAGGUUGUGAGGAUGAUAGAGGAGAUUAGGGUGGAGCAGUCGCCGUUGGGUGAGGAUUAUGACGAGUCGAGGAAUUCUAUGUCGCCGUCGGUUGCGACCACUACGGAGGAUGCGUUUUGAAUUUCUGUUCUGUUUUGUUUGCUUUGUUCUCUAGUGCUUCUCUUUUUUUUUUCUUUUUCUUUUUUUUUAUUUAUUUGGAGAUGUGAUUGGAAGUCUAAUGUAUUGUUGGGCUGUUGAGAUUGUUGUGAUGAAAACUGAAAAGUAUGUUUUAGUAUUGUGGUAAAUUUGAUGCUUGUGCUGGAAUUUUUUUGU